AUGCUUAAAGACCACUCACACCAAUUUCUCGCUUCGCACCAAGAUACUUCAUCGUCACCCACUAUUCUCACAACAGAGCACCAAAAUCAGCGAGGUCAAAAUCAACGAGGUGAAAAUCAGUGCGGUGGUAGCAGAGGCGGUGGUCGAAAUCAGCGAGGUGGCGGUAGCGGCGGUCGAAAUGGCGGCAGCAGGGGCGGACGACAAAGCAGAGGUGACGCCGGUGUUUUUAGUCGCAGUCCAAACAAUUGGGGAAAGGGCGCCUCUUACCCUUGGUCGACGACGCAAAGUCAACAACAUCAGCGUGGGCUGCUACCACAUCCACCGACCCAUCAAGCUCAAUGGACCAAUACUGCAAAUUCUUCUUUCCCUCAACAUUGGCUCAAUUUGAAUCCAGUUCAGCCCAACAGCAUGUUUUUUUUAUCCAUGGCACAACAGCCCAAUAAUUGGCAAUGGUUUCAAUGCCCAAAUAAUAUGGAUCAACCGACUACCUUACCGCAAGCGUUCAAUUCUAUGACCCUUCAAGAUCCAGGCAAUACAGAUUGGUACAUGGACACCGGGGAAACCGCGCACCUUCACGCUAAUUCAGGAUUUUCGCACCAAACGCAUCCUCCUUCGAUGUGA